UUGAGAGUGAAUAAAAAUCAAUUUUAUUGCAAUAAGGACCCACUACUCGCUCAGUACACUACAAGCGCUACCUACACCUCACCUCACACUUACUGUGCAGCAUACAGCGGGUACUUGAAGAUAAAAGCAACGGUCUCGUAAAUGAGUAGCGAUAACCGAGAACGUACGACGAGACGCCACCGCCUUCACCUUCGCCUCCUUGAUGUUGCGUUUCCUCUCCCCCUCCAGGCUCCUCCCGCCGCUUCGCCUCCUCCGCCGCCCGCGCCUGAUCCGCGCACUACUGUUCGAACCACUGUUCCUCCUGCCGCUGCAGCCAGUCCGGUGGCUUGCGCUCCGCGAUCUCGCGCACCUCCUCCCGCGGCUGCUGCUCGCGCCGGCGCCGCUCCGACGUCGCGCACUUGAUCCCGAGCUCAGGCGAAGCCUUCCGCGCCGCCUCCGCUUCUUCUUCCUCGCGGCGGUGCUCAGCCUCGUGUUCCGCUUCGAGGCAGCGCUGAUGCGCGGGCUGUAGUAGUUGCUCGCGUGCACGGGGGAGUGGUCGAGUAUUUUCGACGUGCAGGGUCAACGGGGGACGCACCUUUGUACUUGGGUGACGUCGACGAGGGGAGUCCCUCGGAGCAACCGCGCGUGCGCCGUUCGGAGCACCGCUUGCCGAGGUGGGAGGAGAACAUGCUCCCUAGGCGCGAGCGCGAAGGGGAUCAGGGACGCCGCCCACUCCUUUCCGCGACUACGUGGCGCGCGAAUCGGCAGCCUAGUUGUGCUUGCGGAGCGCGUUCCGUAUAUCU